CCUUCUUAGUCUCUAUGACUUUUUCACAGCAUUAUCACUUUCACAGCAUUAUCACUAUCUUCAUCUUCAUUUCUUUUCUACUCUCAAUUUCAAUCUCCUCAUCCCAAUCUUUCUUUUCAUCAUCAUCUUCAUCUUUAAAUUCCUCGGGGGCGAAUCAAUUGGGUUUCCCAUCUUUUUCUUUAGAUCUUCAAUCAGCGGAUGAAAAAUCAUCAAAGAGAGACAUGUUGAAUGCAUUUGUGCCUGUGGGCAUUGCAAUACAAUCUUCUUUCGACUGAACAAUAUGUGUACUUUCAAAUAUUUUUCUAAAAUUACCUGCUUUGGGAUAGAAAAUUGAACUACUAAGACAUGAAGCGAGUGUGAGAGGAGGAGGAGAGAAAGAGGAGAGAGAAGAGGGUUGAGAGAUUUCAAGUGGAGGAGAGAAGAGAGGAACAGAAAGUUUCAAUUUGUGGUCGUAUCUUCGGUCUUUUUGGCUUCUUUCCAGCUUUCUAGGGUUUUUGGAUUUCUUCUUUUUGCACCAUGGAAAGAAAACUUGUGGUUCUUGGUAUCCCAUGGGAUGUCGAUACAAAUGGGUUGAAGGAGUACAUGGUAAAGUUUGGUGAAUUGGAGGAUUGCAUUGUCAUGAAGGAACGUAGUACUGGAAGAUCACGUGGUUUUGGCUAUGUCACUUUUGUGUCUGAUGACGAUGCUAAGAAAGCUCUGUCAAUUGAGCAUCAGCUUGGCAACAGAACACUCGAAGUAAAAGUGGCAACACCAAAGGAAGAGAUGAUGAGAUCAUCCACAAAAAAGAUAACCCGGAUAUUUGUUGCUAGAAUAGCACCAGCUGUUACUGAAUCUGCCUUCCGAAGCCAUUUUGAGAAAUAUGGAGACAUCACUGAUCUUUACAUGCCUAAAGAUCCCACAACAAAAGGACAUCGUGGAAUUGGGUUUAUUACUUUCGCCAGUGCAGAUUCUGUAGACAACUUGAUGAAUGAUACACAUGAGUUGGGUGGCUCCACUGUUGUAGUUGAUCGAGCAACUCCUAAGGAAGAUGAUUUUCGGCCAUUUAGCAGAGUUCCUUAUGGUGGUCGUGGUGGCCAUGGUGGCCGUGGUGGAUAUGGUGGUCGUGGUGGAUAUGGUGCAUAUGAUGCCUAUAUAAGUGCUGCUACAAGAUAUGCGUCCAUAGGUGCUCCUACCUUGUAUGAUCAUCCAGGUUCUCUUUAUGGAAGGGAGCCAAUUAGAGGAGUUGGAAGAAAGAUAUUUGUUGGAAGGCUUCCUCAGGAAGCAACUGUGGAUGAUCUUCGUCAGUAUUUCGGUAGAUUUGGUCGCAUCUUGGAUGUUUAUAUUCCAAAGGAUCCCAAGAGAUCUGGGCAUCGUGGAUUUGGCUUUGUAACGUAUGCUGACGAUGGUGUUGCUGAUCGUGUAGCAAGACGGCCUCAUGAAAUUUUAGGGCAGCCGGUUGCCAUAGAUUCAGCUACUCCAGUUGAUGAACCUGGUCCGAGUGGAGGAGGUCUAUUAAUGGACAAUCCUGAACCUUUCGAAAGUUACGGUCCCAUGCGCAGUAGUUAUGGAAGAAUGUACUCGAGCCUGGAUUUUGAUGAUUGGAGUAGUAGUUACAGCUUCAGCAGCUCAAGACCUUCGAGAGCAGCUGAUUGGAGGUACCGACCAUAUUAGUGUGGCGUCUUAAAAACAUCAUCGGUAGCUAAAGCUUGAUAGCGCAUAACUUUACAGACAUUUACUUUAAACAAUUUGUUUGGAUGAUGUAGGAAGUUCCUUUUGAUAAUUUCUCCAUUGCUGUAUCUUGUGCAAACUUAUAUGUGGUAUUCGCAGAGUUGAAUGCAUUAUUGUACUGGUUGUUUUUAACUGUUAAAUGUUUCUAAAAUCCUAUGCUAUUUCUAUGAUUGGGUCUUCGUAGACAUCAAUACUCUGCUUCAUGAUUCCUUCUCGAGCCAAUUCAAAUAAGAUGAAAUAAAGUGAUAAUUAGACAAUAAAGUGUUAACUAACAGGAGCUUCAUUAUUUACUGUAUACGCUAUUGACUAGUUGAAAU